AUGCCCCACGCCCCCACACGCGUCCCCCGGCCCUUCCCAGCUCGGGCAGAGAGACCCUGGCCCCGGGUCAAGCAGGCGGCAGGUCGCCAGCAGCUCGCGGUGGCUCGAGCCCAGCAGCGGCUGCGCGCACCCGCGGGUCCCCACGGGGGGCGCUGCCUCGGCAACUGCAGCCGCCGCGGCCUGGACUGCAGGAGCCGCGCCCCGGCCGCCCUGCGCGGAGCAGCGAUGAGCCACCUCCCGGACCGAGAGCGCGCCCCGGACGGAGAUAUCGGUCCACAAGAGAUGGUUCCGAGCAGGAAGAAUGUGGUUCUCGUGGAUGGAGUCAUACUGAACGGCCCCACAACAGAUGCAAAAGCAGGAGAAAAAUUUGUGGAAGAUGCCUGUAGACUAAUAAUGGAGGAGGUGGUUUUGAAGGCUACAGACAUCAGUGAGAAGGUCUGUGAGUGGCGGCCCCCUGAAGAGCUGAAGCGGCUUCUCGACUUGGAGCUGAGGGAUGUGGGAGAGCCGCACCACCGGCUGCUAGAGCGCUGCCGGGACGUCAUACGCUACAGCGUCAAGACCA